AUGAGCGGAAACUCGCAGAGGCGGAGACGGAAUCGCCAUCAAGCCGAUUUCUCGCCGAAUUCUCCGGGAGAAUUCUCCCCAGGGGAACCCGACCCUCUGAUCUCGUUCUUCACCGCUCAAAUCGAUCCCGACUCGGAGACGGAGCCAAAACCGGCCGAUAAUACAAGUAGUACAACCAUCGAGUCGAGAGAUAACAUGUCGUAUCCUUAG